AUGGAGAUGAAUGCUGCAACAAGUCUAGAACCUAGAGCAAAGGCUACCCUGGUUCUCGGAGGGGAAUCGUUCGCAGUCAGCUCCGAGUCCGGCACCCUGUCGGAGCAGCUGGCGGCGAUGAGGGAGAAGAGCAUGGUGAUCCUCAAGGAGUACAUCACCAAGCACAACGUCCCGAACGAUGUCCCUGAUGAAUCCAUUGAGGGCCCAUCGGAUGAGGAGGGCGAGGCACUUGCUAAAAACCCGCCCAAGAAAUCAAAGAAGCAGAAGUGA